AUGGAUCGACCUUUGGCGCAAGCAGGAUGGCAUACUGGGUGUGCUGCUUGUAAGAAAAGGGUGGUUUCCUCCUAUGAUUCACCUCAGAAUCCAUACCGAUCUAUUGUAUCAACCAUGAUGUUCCGUUCCCCCAUUAUCUUCAACAGCGUCAUGGCAAUAUCCGCAUCGCAUCUUUCUCAGCUGGGAAGUGCUGGGACAGCACCCAUCUCGUUCCAAACGGAAGCAAUCUCGCAUAUAUCGAAAGGGAUUGCCGAAAUGGACAUUGGAUGGAAUACAAACAUUCCAUACAACGAGGAGGGUUGCCUCAACCAGAUUCAGCCUCUCGCUACAUCCACUGUUGAAGAUGAUCUCCUUAUCGGGAUCAUUCUUCUUGGCAUGACAUCGAGUUGGUAUGACCCUUCUUCUUUGGGUCUUUUCCACUUGCAUGGCGCGCGCCGACUUUUCGCAAUCUGGAUAGCUGAGCGGGACUUGACCCAAAUGCAACUUCCAACUUGCUGCACGGAACGCUUAAUAAUUUCUUCAAUGGUGUACUGGGAAGUCAUGGCUGCCUGCCUGAUGGAUCAGCAUCUAGACGACCUCUCAUACCUCGAUGUCUUCGGCGACCAACCUCGGGUAUUCUUUUCUUACCCCUGUCCUUGGACAGGAGUCGGUAUGGAGGCUCUCAUAUAUCUCGCCAAGUGCAUAACCCUUGUGCGAAAUAACAGAAGUAUCCAGCGUACUGUUUGCGCCGCCGGGCCUUCUAGCAAGGACCCCGCAGUGUUGGAACAAGCAUCCAUACUUAUCCUGGGUAUCAAUGACAUGCAGAUUCCAAGUGUCGCUGAGAUACAAGAGACAGGAGAUGUGUCAACUCCUGCUCAUCAUCUUGAGAAGAUGGCCCAGUGUCAUCGACUCGUCGCUCAACUCGAACUUUACAGGACAUUUCCCGAACUCAUGUGCAGAGAUGCGCCAGCCGAACUGGACCACCUGUGUCAACACUCUCAAAGGGUCUUGGCCUUGGCCAUUAAGAUUCUAGAAAUCACAAAGGCUAUCCCUCAAGAUUCCCAUACGGUUGCGAUUCAAACGCUUGUGUUUUUAUCGGCUGGCAGCGCCCUUAGCUUUUACUCGACAAUGAACCCAGAGACCAUAAUGAUGUGGAGGAAGUAUGUGAUGGAAAGACUCUACAAGUCGUUUCAGACUCUCAAGCUUCAGACGAUUAGUCGAGCAGCAGAUAUUUUGAAGGUAGUUUGGUUGCAAAUGGACUCAAUUGUAGUUGAGUCUUUGAGCUGCCACUGCCCUGGCAUGCAUAUUCAUUGGAUUGAUGUAAUGGUCGAUAAGAAGCUAGAGACUAUUCUCGGAUGA